GAGGGAGAGCAAAAGAGAUCUAACUUUACGUCAGUCACAUCAGCAGUCAGCAGUAUUCGUUUCGUUCUCGUGUCCGCAGCUCGGGUGGUCUAUUUCCUCGAAUCGUAGACGAGAGAGAGUUGGGGUGUGAAGAGAGUUCUCCCUGGGAAGGACCGUCACUGUCGUCGCGUCAUCCCUCAUUCCCAAUUGUCAUCGUUGCCCGUAUAAAUCUAAUCUCCCCUUACAUAUCCCUCUUUUAAUUCCCCUCGAUUCUUUUGCUCUAUCUCCCUCUCCGCCAUCUCCUAUCUCUCUCCCUCUCUCUCUCUCUCUCUCGUAUCGCGCGUAUUGUGAAACAGUGUGAAACGUGAGGCGCGGGCAGCGGUUCCGCGAGACGGCGGAAUACAUUUGCGAGCGCGAGUGACCGAAUGUCCCGCUGAGAAUUAUGUGGAAUAGUGACGCAGAAUUGGGAUCGGUCGCGCGUCAAGUCAGCUGACAUAUUGCGCCCUGCUGCACCGCAACAGCCUUCGGUGAGUACAUGGUGACACACGGUUGCAGAGGAGCAAUUGGGAAGAGAGCCGCAGCAAAGGACUACACCUAGUUAUCCUACACCAAGCUGACUGCAACUUUCCACUGUUUCUCAAGGCAGUGAUCGCAUCUAGGAUAUAAACAGGAGUUAUUCCUUGAUUAACGAAGAAGUGACACUAACAAAGACGAGAGUUAUGGAACGAGAGUCUAAUCCUAUGCAAGCUCUGUGUCGCAGUGGCUGUGGAUUUUAUGGCUCGCCAGCUACUGAUGGCCUUUGUUCUCUUUGCUAUAAGGAAAAUCUAAAAAAGAAACAACAACCACCAGUGUCAGCUGCCACCGUACCAACCUCACAGACUGUCUCCAGCAACGCUGGCACGUUGCAAGGCAGUUUCGGUAGCCCAGCAGCUACAGGAACGACGGCCCAACCUACCAUUCCUACUAUACCUCAGUCAACGUCGGAUCUGCCCAGUCCCAAAGAAGUAAACAGAGAAGACCAGGAAAGUGAAGUAGGUGUAAGCAGUGCAGUAGCUGAAGGUUCAUCGGCGAGUAGUGGCGAUGUAGACGACUCCUUUGAUGGCAAAGAGACUGAUAAAGAAUCUAAGAAGAAGAAAAAUCGUUGUGCUGUAUGUCGCAAAAAAGUUGGUUUAACUGGAUUUGAGUGUCGUUGUGGAGGACUAUUCUGCGCCGUGCAUCGAUACAGUGAUAAGCACGAUUGCAAAUUCGAUUACAAAGAAAUGGGCGCUCAAGAAAUUCGGCGCAACAAUCCAGUUGUUGUUGGUGAAAAAGUGCAAAAAAUUUGAACUAUUUAGUGUGUAGUCGUUGGGAAAAUGGUUAUUAUAACUAUAUAAACAAACAGAAUAUAAAAAAACACGCAGAAAACGAGAUAAAUUAUCUGGCAGCUGAUUCGCACGUCGAGGAGUGAAACGAGCGAGCGUGUAAGAUCGUAAGCGAGCGAGCGAGAGAAUGAAUGUGAGUGAGCGCGUAAGAGCGAUAGUAAAAUUGUUUUGUAGCUGAAUGCCGACGAAAGGUGGAAAGGCGGAAAAAUGAAGAAAAGAAGCAGCGACAAAUAUCAGACGGAACAAAUAAACGAAAGAUUGCAAAUAAGAAUGUGUGCGCGUGAGUGAAUGAUUCGUAAUUGGAUGCCAGUGCCAUGUAAGUUUCAGAUUGUCAUCUAGUGAGAGAAUUUUAAUUGAGAAUAUACCUGGUUACUAACUGCUGCCAGCUUACUACUAUUAUUACCUAUUAUUAUCUUCAUGAUUAUUACGGUUUAUGAUUAUUCUAUAUUAUGUUUAUUAAUUUACUUAAACGAAAAUUUUUUUGCGAAUAUGGAGCUCGUUUUACGUAAAGGCAGAACUCUUGGUGCGGUCAGUCGAUCCAGGACGUCUUUUUAGGUGUUUUGGUUUGUUCGGAGAAAUUUUAUACAUUACUGUUUCGUUUAUAUAUCAAAAAAGUAAAAAAUAGGGAAUGUUGCUUAGGUAAUGGCUGACGUUGAUGGGUGAUCACAAUCUUAGGUUAAUAAUUAGUCUAAUAAUUAUUAAGUAUAUUAGUCUAUUGAUUCAUAAAUAAUGCAAUGAAGUAUAAGUAGUACUGUGUGUUUAUGUCCAAUUUCACGUGAAUAUAACCAGCAAUUAUUACUCAUUAAAUAUGUUUCAACCUAUAUUGCAAAUAAUUAUUUACACUACGGCCGCCAAUCUGGAAUUUUUGUAAAUUAAACCCCUCUUUACCGUACUCUUCAAUUUCUCUUAGAGCAUAAAUGAAUUGUUAAUGGUUGAAGUCGAUUAGUUUACUCGUUUUCUUUAUUUUCUUUUUUGCUUGUUUUGCGAGUUUUGUAGGGUAGCUGCGCGAGGUAUUCCGGUGCUGCACAGCAGCGCGCAUAAUGUAAGAGUAAAUGAUUAAUAAAAUGUCUAGAGAGGCCGGGCAUUAUAUGAACGACGAAAGAAGAGAACUAUUAAAGUUUGUAAAGUGUGAACGUAUACUAAAAAUCGUACGCGAAGGAUAUUACACUGAUAAAUUUUAUAAUCCACGUACAUACUUCUAUUUUUCUUCUCCGCGCUUAAAACUCGUGCCGAAACUUAAUUUUCUCUGUUUCUCGCCCGUAAAAAAAAACAUACAUGUUUGUAAAGUUAUAGCAUAACGCGACAAGGUGCUAUAACUGUCCAGCUUUAUUGUACUCCUGUAAAGCAAGACGAGUGAAGACGCUAAAACUGCGCAAAUUAUGCCUCAUGUAUAGGUCAAUUCAAUUUGAGAGUUUCACAAGAGUGGGUUUGGAUCUUCGAGGAAAAGAAUAUAUAAAAAGGAAAACAUACAUACUGCGACUUCCUGAUUUCGCGUAAAACAAAGUAGCAAAUUUUUUUCUUUUUUUUCCUCUCUUUGUGUUAAUCUAGGACAAAGCGCUUAAUCUAAAUUGUGCUGCCGUGCUUUUAUUUCUCAUUUUGUAAUUAGUGGACUUGUAUAAAGAUAAAUAUUAUAUUCGCCUAAAAGAAUUUAUUUCUGCGUCGCCUUGAGAAAAAUGUACAUCAAAUAUCUUAUUAUUUUCGAUAAAUAUAUGAAGCGUUCUGUUAAAUGUGUAAUCGUAAGGUUUAUCAAGCUUCUUAUGUGUCUUCUUCUUUCUCUUCAGGUUCGAAUAAGCAAGUGCUGCAUUAGUUAUUCCGUAUUAAGUUACCAAUUAUACUUCACGUGUCGCGCCGCCGAAAGUACUCCAGCCGCGAACGACUCUCCCUUCGAAACACACGGCGUUAUCGCAGCUGACAGAGUUCCCCAGAAAAUUUUGCGAUUUAACGAUACCUAUAGAAAUUAAGGCAAUCGAGAAAAAAAAAUCUUUUCGGUACAAUCGUCGAUAAUUCGAGCACGAUUUCUCCGCGAUCUUUACGGGACGACUUAUAUAUGCGCCGACUUCACAUAGGACAAUAUAAUACAUAUAUAUACAUAUAUAUAUAUAUAUAUAUAUACUUUAUCUUGUAUCAAGAUAUUGUUGUCGAUGAAUCUGUUCUUUUUUCCUUUUUGGCGCACCUUUUUAAGAACGCUGAUGAGAGAAAUCAGAAUCGUGUAUAGAAGAAAACGCACACCACAUACGCGGGACACGCGUACACAUUUACAUUUACACAAUACACACAUACACGGACACCGAUUAUCAGUAAUAUCGACGGAAUGGUUGCCUUCAGGCCUUCAUCCUAUUUUAGGCAUAGCAUAUUUUUCUAACGUGUAUCGCAAUAUCGGAAUAAUCUUGCCUAGCGAGAGCGAUCGAAUGACAGAGAGGAAGAGAAAAGAGGGUGAGAGUGAUCGAGGGAAUGCGUACGUGGAGAAAGAGAGAGAAAGAGAUGCCUGGGAGAGUGAGGACAGAGGAAUGCGUGCGGGAAUAUAAAUGAUUUAUAGGAGACGCGAGAAAGAAAGAGAGAGAGAGAAACAAAAAGUUUAUCAGCGACGAUCGUACUCGGCUGACUAUAUAAGGACGUAACACGAUGCUUGUAAUUAUUACGAUUGAUAUUAGUACGUUUAAGCUAUUAAAAAAGUAACAUCAACUUUAAUAUAUUAUAUGAUUACAAUUACCA